AUGGCUCUUGAAAGGAUAAAGGAGUUUGAGGCCCAAGUGGUGUUCUCAUACAUCCUCACUGUGGAAGGAAAAGACUCAGGGGGGUCUUUGCCUUUAGUACCUCCAGAGAAGAGCACGCCACAGAGUGCACCCCAGAAGCCCACCUGGCAAUUCCUGCAGUUGGUCUCAGCACUGUUGCUAUUACUGUGUGUCUCUCUCCUUAUUGCCCUCAUUGUCACUCUACUCAAGGCAAAUGGAGGCUGUGAAGAGCACAAGGCCCUGCCCCAGAGCUCUGCAGAGUGGCGUUGUGUCCUGGGGAGAGCUGAGGUUAAAGGGCAAGUCUGGACAUGCUGUCCCAUGGGCUGGAAGCACUUCCAGUCCAGCUGCUACUACUUCUCUAGAGACAUCAUGAACUGGGGUGACAGUGAGACAAACUGCACAGGGAUGGGCUCCCACUUGGUGGUGAUCAACACAGGAAAUGAGCAGGAUUUCAUUUUCAAUUGGACAAAGACAACUUUUACGUUUAUCUCAGACGGGAGUUACUAUAUCGGUCUGACAGAUCAAGCAGAGGAAGGCCAGUGGCUCUGGGCGGAUCAGACUCCAUGUAAUGAGACUGCAGCAUUCUGGAGACAAAAUGAACCUAGUAAUGGCAACAUGGAGAACUGUGCUGUCAUGCAUACAGAGACAAAGGCAAAUAGGAAGAAUUGGAAUGAUAUUCCGUGUUCCACUAAAGUAUAUAGAAUUUGUGAAACUGCUGCAACAAGUUUUUGA